AUGGCAGACACACGCAAACGAACACGAGACGAUUACUAUGGUUCUGAUGAUGAUGAACUCAUCUUAGCAGACUCACAAGAUGAUGAUCCCGAGGAAGUUGUUGGAUUUGACACUUUUUUUAACAAAAAACAAUCUACACACAUCGCACCUCUUUUGGAUACUGAAAAUCCAGAUCGACCUCAAUUAUUUAAACCUGUCAAAAAAACAGCCGAUCCAAGUGUCACAUGGGCUAUCCCGGAUACUUGUCUCGAAGUAGAGGAACUUCUCUAUCCAGAUUCACCUGAAGAUUCAAAUCGUUUAUUAGAUGCCAUGGAUAUUGAUGACGAUGAUUUGGAGAACAAUUUUAGAUUUGAAGAUAAAACGGCUUCUGAGACACCAAAAAGAAAUGAGUUUUCCGGACAAACAUUGGGAUUGACACUCAAACCCAUCAAUUCUACUCCAUCAAUUCAACAAAACGAAUACAGCAAACCACCUACCAGCGGUAGUUAUAUCAGAGCUACUUGUCCGCGAACAGGAAAAUCAUUAUACUUCCCUAAGGUUGUACGGGCUACUCGUCGUAGCACUACAGUGGAGAGUAUCAAAAAAAUCACAGGUGCAUCGAAUUUACUGGAAAAACCUAUAUGGAAAAUGAGAGAAAACAUUAGCAGGGAUUAUCAGAUGCGAUUACAACAAUUGGAAAGAGAAGAGAGAGAAGAGAUCGCAGAGGCCUCUCAGAGGUUGAAGAAGAAAAAGAAGAAGGCACAUAGGCUGGACACAUAUGAUUUGUGGGUUGAGAAAUACAAGCCUAGAGGGUUUUUGGAUCUUCUUGGAGAUCAGAGAGUAAACCGUGAGGUUCUGGCGUGGGUUAAGCAGUGGGACUUUUGUGUUUUCAAUCGAAUGCCCCCACAGGAGACUCAAAGAGACAAACUCAUUAAAAAGUACAAAACUACUUUUGGAAACACUCCUCGGUUUGGAAAUAAAAUGAAUGAGACUGAAAAGCCUAAGGAUUCUUUGUUACGUCCAGAGAGAAAGAUUAUGCUGAUAUCGGGCCCUCCUGGUUUUGGAAAAACUACUUUGGCUCAUGUUAUUGGCAAGCACACUGGAUAUAACAUUAUCGAAAUCAACGCAAGUGAUGAUCGUACCGGUGAAGUUGUUCGGUCAAAAAUCAAAUCUGCCCUGGAGAUGCAGGCAAUUAUAAGAACAAAAGAUGCGACGAGUUCAACAGAACAAACCAUGAAGAUGCAACAAAAACCAAACAUGCUGAUCAUUGACGAGAUUGACGGUGCAAGUAGUGGCGGAGGAUCAGAGAGUUUUAUUAAAGAACUUGUUAAUCUUGCUACUACAAGCUUAACAAAAGAUGAAAAUCCGGGAUCGCGAAAAGGGAAAGGAAAGCAAAGUGGACCUUUACUACGUCCUAUUAUCUGUAUUUGCAAUGACCCUUAUGCAGCUGUUCUUCGCCCUCUUCGUGCCAUUGCGCAGAAUGUUGUCUUCAGACCAAUUCCUUCGUUAACUAUUGCAAAGCGUCUGCAGGAGAUUUGUGAAUCCGAAGGCCUACAAAGUGAUCUGAGAACUCUUUGUAUGCUUACGGAUACUACAAAUGGUGAUAUUAGAAGUUGCUUAAACACUCUUCAGUUUAUUCGAGGAAAGAACACCGUAUUUUCGCGCGAUAUGAUGGACAAAUCAGGAUUUGGACAAAAAGACAUGGGAAAGUCUCUUUUUUCAGUCUGGGAAGAUCUUUUUUCUGCACCCACUGGUGCCAAAUUAAGAGCAAAUAGCGAAAUUGAGACUGAACGUUAUAUUGGGCGCAUCAUUAGAUCAGUUGCAACCAAUGGCGAAUACGAAAAGAUCAUGCAAGGUUGCUUUGAGGCCUACCCGAAUAUGCAAUUUCAUGAUGUGGCACUUAAGAAGUGCCUGAAAAUGAGUGAAUGGCUUGAUUUCUAUGAUACUGUGAAUCAUUAUGUCAAUGACCAACAUGAGUAUGGACUGUAUGGGUACAUGGCAUACCCAGCCGUAAAUUUCCACCGCUUUUUUGCCGGGUCAACUGUACAGAAACACCGUGUUGAAUAUCCUCGCAUGGACUAUGAGGCAUUUGUGGCCAAGAAAACAUAUGAAAAUCUUUUCUCCGUUUUCAUGGCUGGAAUCCACCCUAGUCAACAACGGUUCAUGAACAGGAAUAGUGUUAUCAUGGACCUUAUACCUCGACUUAUGCGUAUCAUUUCUCCAGAAAUAAGACCUGUUAAUAAACAGGUUAUCAGACCUGCAGAGAAAAUCGUACUAGCUAAAGUGACGGACAUGAUGAUCGAAUAUGGUUUGACAUUUGUUCAGGACAAGACGGAAGAGGGUCAUCUGGUUUACAAGCUUGACCCACCUGUUGAGCAAAUGAUGAAUUUUGUGGGUGCUUCAUCCAAAAGUGUUUUGCCGAAUAAAUACGCUGUUCGUCAACUAAUCUCCCAAGAGAUUGAAAUUGAGCUUGUGAGACGCCGUACAGAGGCUGCCGAUAUACGUGCAGGUGGGCCUAAGUUACGGAAAAAUUUUAGAACGGUGGAUGCUAGUGCUGUCGUUGAGAAACUGGCAGAAGUUGUAGCUGAAAAGAUUCCUACGGACUUCUUUGGCCGUCCUAUAAUCCCAAAGCAGACCCAAGAGGAUGGAAAUGAAAUGCAAGUCGACGAACCCAAGGUUCCGAUAGUUGCCUACCGUUACCAUGAGGGAUUCUCUAAUGCUGUUAAAAAACCGAUGACAGUACAAAUGUUCUUGUAAAUACCAAUAAUAAUAAUAAUAAUACAGUGUGCGUUAUCAAU